CAAAGUCUAAUCUUUAUAAACUUGAACCAUCUUUACAUCCACCAAAUUAAAGCGAAAGACUACCUUUUUUGUUCUUCCUUCAAAGAUAUGUCUAAGCCAAAUGUAAGAAGAUCAUAUGCAAUAGAGAAACACAGCAGCAGCAGUAGUAGUAGCUCAAAAGAAAGAGAGAAACCAAGCAAGAAUUAUAACUUAUUUUAUUUAUCCAAACACUUGAAGAAAGUUUACCCAAUAGAACUUCAUAAAACUAAUUCCCUUUCUUCUCUUUCGUUAUCUCUAUCUCAAACUUCAGAUAAUCAGAAUUUCUCUUCGACCUUUCAAAGAACUGAAGUUCCAAAAGCCAUUAAAAGUGUUUUUCCACAAGUGAGUCGUGCUCUAAAUUAUCAUAGUCAUGAGAAAGAGCUUAUGAGGUGCAGCUGGAUAACUAGUAGCAGUGAUAAGGUUUAUGUGCAGUUCCAUGAUGAAUGCUGGGGUGUUCCAGUCUAUGAUGACCAUCGAUUGUUCGAGCUACUUUCAUUGGCUGGACUGCUGAUGGACUUCAAUUGGACUGAAAUUUUAAAGAGAAGGGAACUAAUAAGAGAAUGUUUUGCUGGAUUCAAUGCGAAGCAAGUGGCAAAAAUAGGGGAGAAGGAGAUUAAAGAAUUAGUCUCGAGUGCAUCCCUCAUGUUAGCAGAAAAUAGAGUUAGAUCAAUAGUUGACAACGCCAAAUGCAUAGUCAAGAUUGGGAAGGAGUUUGGAUCUUUCAGCUGCUACAUGUGGAACCAUAUGAAUUAUAAACCAAUAAUUAACAGAUUUAGAAAUGCAAGAAACGUUCCACUGAGAACACCAAAAGCAGAAGGCAUUAGCAAAGAUUUGGUGAAGCGAGGAUUCCGACUUGUUGGUCCAGUGAUCGUAAAUUCAUUCAUGCAAGCUGCAGGAAUGACAAUUGAUCAUCUGCUUUAUUGUUUUAGACACAAAGAAUGUGUAAAUCUUGCUGAAAGACCUUGGAGACAUGUCUGAAACAUUUCAGUCAUAUUUAUAAUUCUCUUCAUUGUUUUUUACGGAAAAGAUUAAAUAAGUUUUUAAUACACCUCUCACUUUAUUUUUUA